AGCAAAUGAGGGGAAGGUGCGCAUGAUCAGCUGUGGAGCAGAUAAGAGCAUCUACUUCCGUACUGCAGACCAGGUACAGAAACCUAAAUAUAAUUGCAGUUAUUUAGUAUUCCAUGAGUUGACAAUGGAAUUAUACCUUUUAGGCCCAGGUUAGUUGAACUUGAAACUUUCUUAGGUUGGACUACUUUUCCAGCUGGAUUAUUAUGGCUUCGUAAUUUCCAACCACUGGAAAUUUUGCACAUCUGUGGUUUCUUAUAGAUGUAUUUAGAAAUUGCAAUGUGUAAAUGUGUGACAAUAGGUGUGCCCCCCCCCCCCCUUAUUGUUAUUUAGGGCCCGCCGCGCAGGGGUGGGGGCCGGAUAGUAGGUUUUUUUUUAAACAGUGAGCAGAUUUUUAUCUCCCUUAUGCAAUUAUGGGGGUCACAUUGACCCCCAUAGAGUGAGGGAGGACAUGGGGGGUUAGGAAGUGGCGGGGAGCACUGCUGCUUCUAUGUUUACAUAUUAUAAGGAGGGAGAUGCGUGCCGGUAGUGCCCUUCUUGUAAUUAUCUGAACGAACAAAUGAACACUGAUAUUCAGUGUUAGUUUGUUCGUCUGAAAUUUCUGUUAAUUCAUUUGUCUUUCUAUAGUGUCCCUUUAAGCAAACUAAUCUUAUUGAUUAAAGUGCCGCUUUAAAACACUUUUACAUUUUUUUAUUUUUAAGUUUGGUGAUGUGACAAAUUUAAACAUGGUGCCUUUUGUUUUUCAGAUUGGAGAAGGCAAUGUCCAUUUUACACGUACACAUCACAUUGUGCGAAAAACUACAUUGUAUGACAUGGAUGUGGACCCAAGCCUGAAGUAUGCUGCCAUUGGUUGUCAAGAUCGCAAUAUUCGGUAUGGUUAGGAUUUUUCAUUUUGGGAAAUAAUCCUGGAUGGACUUUAAAAAAGAAUUUUAAAUAACAUUUUUGAAUGAGGAAGUGAAUAAUACUACUAGUUUGUCUACGUUUGUGUAAUGUUAUGAAUUAAUGUUUGACCCUAAUGCAAUUUUGAGUUUUAUUAUUCCUUUCUUUCAGAAUCUUUAAUAUCAGCAGUGGAAAGCAGAAAAAGCUGUACAAAGGGUCACAGAGUGAAGAUGGAACCCUUAUUAAAGCGAGUAUUCUUGUAUCGUCUGUACUUUUGACAGAACCAUAAAAGUUUUUCUUGAGAACAUCUGGAAGCAGUCAAUCUUUCUAUGAUUUAAGACAUGCCAAAUGUAAAACCCAUAGCCUUUCCAACACUUUGUAAAUCUUAUUGUUACAUCCCCAGUGUUUUGGUUUCUAACACAGUGGUUCCUAAACUUUUUAGGUUCAAGGCGCCCUUAAUAUUUUUCCAAGGCGCCCCAAGUCAAAACAUUUUCUAGGUUGUAUAUAUGUACAGCGCAGCGGCAUAUACCGGGCCCCUGUUCGUCAGAAAUGCUUGCCGUUUAAGUGCAGAUCCAGAACCUAAUCUUGGAAGGAGCACUGGUAGAUUAUUUAAAGAAACAAUCCAGGCACAAAAACCACUACAGCAUUUUGUAGUGGUUAUGGUGCCAGUAUGCCAUAGUGCUCUCCCAGAGUUUAAGAGCAGUUUGACAAGUUACCUGGGAUCUGCCGGGAUAGGGUCUUUACAAGGGGAUAGGUGCAGUAAUGUGUGUGAGGGGUGCAACAUGUGUGUGUGAGGGGUGCAGUGUAUGUGUGUGUGUGUGUGUGAGGGGUGCAGUGUAUGUGUGUGUGUGUGUGUGUGAGAGGUGCAGUGUAUGUAUGUGUGUGUGUGAGGGGGGAGCAGUGUGUGUGUGUGAGGGGGAUGUAGUGUGUGUGGGGUGCGGGGUGUGUGUUUGGGGUGCAGUAUGUGUGGUGCAGUGUAUGGGUGCGCGAGGGGGGUGCAAUGUGUGUGAGCGCGAGGGGGGGGCGCAAUGUGUGUGUGCGCGCGAGGGGGGAACAAUGUGUGUGUGUGUGACAGGUACUGUGCGCGUGCGCGAGGGGGGCUGUGUGUGUGUGUGUGCAUUCGUGUCUGUGCGCGUGCUGUGUAUGGGGGAGUUAUUGUGACUCUGUGGGGGUAGGAGGGCAAAUUCAUAAAUAUAUAAUUAAAUGUUUUUUUAUUACAGAUAACCAUUUUAAUAUCCCCUCUCCGUGGGUACCUUUGCCUGUGAGGAGGGACAUUUCCUGCAAUCCCUGGUGGUCCGGUGGGGAAGCAGUGAACUCUAGCAGCCUUAGGAGCUGCUAGAGUUCAUUCUGGUGAGAUUCGGAGUGUUGCUACGGUAACCACGGCAACGUUCCAAGCUCGCUUGAGGAGAACCCGGCGGAGCUGCAAGUUAGAGUUCCCCCGGGUCCUCUUUCCCUUCCCUGCCCUGCUGCCAGCAUUACACUGCUAGCGGGCUGGAAAGGGAGAUCUCUGAUCUCCACUCCAGUUCUGCAGAGCCGGCAGGGGAGAGGGAGGCACAGUUCCCAUAGCACUGGGAAUAUAUCUUGCGGCUCUCCUGUGUACCCUGGGGAGCGCAACACACAAUUUGGGAACCGCUGUUCUAACAGGUGCCUUAUAACAUUUCUAAAUAAGUGUUAUUAUUUUGCUUUGGAAGAUGCACUAAACGAACUUGAUUAUUUUCUGUAUCAACCAUAGAAUAGUGUAUUUUGUGUCUGUUCCCUGCUGUAAAAAAAAUGCAGAUCAGCACUAGGUACUGCUGACACUGGAAAGCAAGUCAGGUGUCAGAACCUAAACCUGUACUGUGUUGCAAAGAUUUGUAACUGUGAUAUUGAUUUUGGGUAUGAGCAUUGUGCAUGUAAAGAAUUGCUAUUUCAGACUAUGGGCUUGGUGAAGGUAAUUUUUCUUAAAGGGUCAGUGCAUAGUGAAAAGAGGCACCCUAAGCACCAUAUCCGUUACAGAUCUUUUACUAUCCGUGUUUCUUAUAUAAAUGUUUAUAAUUAUAAUGUGAAAACAUCUUGAUAAUUGAGCUUAUAGUGGUCUGAUGGUUGAGACCUUCUUAUUUCUUCAAUUUAGUGAGGGUGUAAAAAAGACAAACUCAUUUUUAUUAAAACUGAUUUUUGGUUGAAGUAACCCUUGCUGGAAUAGCCCCCCUCCCCAACAUUUAAAAACAAAAAAGAGGGGGACCAUACAAAAUCGCCUUAGGACAAAUGUUAUCGUAUUCUAUGCACAGAACUUACUGCCCUAGCUAAUGAUGCUGCUGGAGAUGAUGUUAAACACUCCAUGGGGACACUAUAGUCACCAGAACAACUACAGCUUAAUCUAGUUGAAACCUCCAGUGGUCACUCUACAGAUAGCUAAGGAGAUGCUGUUUGGCCAGGUUGGAGUUUGGCUUCCACACCCCACCCCCGGGCCAUCUCCUUUGCUGAGAUCAUCAGUAUUGACAACCUCAGCCGAUCAAAUGCUUCUCAUGACGUCAGCCAAGGAGGCAGAUCAUGGGGAAGCCAGCACCAACAGACUGGAAUAAAGAUAAGAUUACUAUAUUUAGGGGGACAGGGGUACUAGGUAGUGAUUUUUAACACUAAAGGGUCAGGAAUACAUGUUUGUGUUCCUGACCCUAUAGUGUUCCUGUAAAUAUCUCUGUAUAUGCAUUGUUUUAUACUGAAGCGAAGCACAUACAGACUCCAAGCAGCAUGGCCACUUUUAAUUCUGAGUAACCCUUUAAUCAUUUUUAGCUGUGUGACCUCUCUCUAAUUUACAAUUAUUAAGACUUUAUACUUGCUUUAUUUGUCAAUGUGAAUGUCGACGCUUAUGUUGUAUGGUUUAUUAAUGUUCAUCCAUAUAGCAAAUAAACCGCUGUAUUGUUUAGUGUUUUUUUUUUGUUUUUUGUUUAUUUAAUUAUUUUAUAUAUAUUUUCUUACAUUAAGAAACUACAUUUCAAUUUGUAAUUACAGGCAGUGUAUUUUCUGUGAGGUUAUAUUUUGUCAGUUCAGUGCAUCUGUGACAUUGAGUUUGUAUUUUAGACAAUUAUUUAUUUGCAAACUCCUGUUUCCUCUGUGUCUUAUCACAUUUUCUUCUCUGUAAAGUAAACCUUUAUAUUUUGCACAUCUUUCAAGAAAGAGUUGGACAAAUUUCUAUUUUAAGGAAGGAUGCUUUUAAAUAUGUAAUCUUGGUUCAAAAUCAAGGAAAAAUUAUAAUAUUGGGACAUUGUACGAUUAGAAGGCUUUAAUCUGAUCUCAGUAUUGGAUUUACUGUAUUAUAAAUCUUGAGUUAGGAGAUAAAGUGGCAUGCCUAUAAUGCAAUAACCUCUAUUUUUCAGGUUCAAACAGACCCAUCUGGUCUUUAUAUUGCUACAAGCUGCUCAUACAAAAACCUGUCAAUAUUUGACUUCUAUUCUGGAGAGUGUGUUGCCACCAUGUUUGGGCACUCAGGUAUGGUAAAUUGUGCAUCUUCUGUAUAUUGUUGUAGAGAUGAGUUUAUACACCAAUAGGAAUGUAACACACACCAACCAAAAAUAAUAAAAUAAAAAAGUGGUUACAAAAUUCUGUGGGGUAAAAAAAUCUGGUUGUUUGUCAAUGUACUACCUUCUUUCCAAAUAGAGAAUAGGAACAUCUUUGUGUCCCUGAAGGCAAGUGCAUAAUCUUUCUUAUUGGUAAUCAGAGAGUUACCUAAUAUCUGUGGUACUAUCGAAUAUAUACAUUGAGCUUCUCUGACUUUUUUUUUUUAAAGUUCUAUUUGUGUGUGUGUGUGUGUAUGCAUAUAUUGAUGUAUAUGUGUGUGUAUAUACAGUGGAACCUCGGAACUCUAACUCUCUCUUACCCGAACAAUUUGCUAUUUGAACAAAAUAUUUGAGAAAAAAAUGUCUUGGUACCCGAACAAAUCAUGCCACAAACAUAUUCAAUUAUGAAGCUAUGUCUCACUUUAGACACAUUUUAAAUGCCAGAAGAACAGUUACCCAUCGCCAUCUAACCAAUAAUAUUUCUUCUCCUUUCCAAUUGUGCCAUCAAUUCUCAUCAUGAAGGUAAAGUGAAGUUUGUGACAGAACCAUCUGUCUGCUUAUUUCAGGUGGAUUCGUCUAUUUCUGCCCCCUUUCGUGUAAAUGGCUAUUUCUAUAGCCCAGCCAUACGAAUGACUGUUUUUCCGGAACAAACCUAACGAACGGACGGCCACCCAAGAGAGAAGUGUGCUGCUGGUUAACCUAUUCAUCCCAAUUAGAACGUUGUGGUUAACCGCAGACACUUCUCAAUUAAACCGAAUUCAGGGUGGUCGUCGUUCGUAUGUCGACCACGAGGCAGCGGCCAUUUUAAACCACGCGAAAGCCCAGCGGUGUUUGGCUCUAUUUCUAUGGAACUAAAAACAGACAUUUUCUGCCGAACACCGCUGAAACAACGGAAUGCCUGGCUGCCUCCACGAAAGCAUACGAAUACCCGCCGUUCGGGAGGUUUGAAGCGUAUGAAAGGACUUAACCCAGAUAGCCUUCCCAUGGAGUCAUUCGUAUACCGAAAGACUGUAAGAACUUUGACUCCAUGGCGAUUGAACUAUGUGUGUGGGAUCUGAGCGCUAUUCGCUAAUAAUAUGCACUCAGAUCCAGGCUAUCUGGGGAUAUGUGAUACGAAUGGGAAAUGUUCUGUAUUUUUAUGUCUUUUAUGAUUUUAUAUUUAAAAUGGCGACUGGCUUUGUCCUGGAGAUAAUUGAGUUUCUUGGUAAUUAUCUCCAGGGCAGAGGGGAGGGAAUCAUAGUGCAUUGUGGGUAAAAACUGUGUCUAUGUGUCUGGAAUGUCCCCAUAUCUGUCUGUCAUUUAAGUCUCCCAUUUGGUCCCCUAGGGGAGUGUCCACCAAGUGGGAGACCUGCAUAAAUACGGGCAGGUAGCCCACAGUGAACCCAAAUCCUGUUUGACCCUCAAUGUGGAGCUUCUGUCUCGUUAUUGGGGGGAUUGCUUCUUCACGUUUAGAGACUGCUGGAUGGAAACGAAAGCCGCUUGGUGGAUGUUAUUGUUCGGCGGCUAGCAGCAGUUCGUGUAUUGCCAUUCGGGAGUUUGGAGCCGUUCGCGGAUCCCGGUCGGGAGAUUGCCGCUUCCCCUGCAUUUGGUUCGUGCACUACAGGUUAGGCAAACGGAGUUACUGAUAUUGCAGACGGGGAAGGUCUACUAAAUGGCGGUUUUGCCUAAAGACACUGGAGGUGUCUUAACAAAGUUAUUUUCUUUUAAUUUACUGUACAUUGUAUUUAUAUAUUUUUUUCUAUUUGAUUUUAUCCAUGUAAGACAUUAUUAAACUGUACAUUUUGUGUUAAAAUGCUGUUAUUUUGGUGUUCUUGAACGGAUUAAUAAAGUUUACAUUAAUUCUUAAGGAAAUGUUGAUUCGGUUCUCAAACAAAUCAGAGGUUCCACUGUGUGUGUAGAGAUUCUAUAUAUAUAUAUAUAUAUAUAUAUAUAUAGAUAUGUGUGUGUAUAUACUGAUGGCAUAUAAGAGAGAAUAUCAUAGAAAAGCUAGGGGUCCUUGACCACAGGACUACCAAAGAACAAUGUAAAACUACCACCAGACCAUGUGAUAGCAGUAGUUAAUGGGGCUGUGACAUACUCCCCUUCCCACGUGAGUUUGCCACGAGUUCCUGGAGGAGCCUGCUUGCCAGCCUCCUGCCCAUAGACUAUGGGCCCUGCAAGGAAACCUGUAAAAAACUGUUUAACAAGCUUGGCACGUGCCCUUUCUCUAUUCUGUUUGGGUACCGAACAGGUGCACAAACCAUGGACCACCCGGGAGCUUGUUAAGCCUAAUUGACAGUUUGUAACCUGUACCACCGCAGUGUUCUAAUUGUUUGUCUGAGUGGCCGCUGUUCGCAUUAACGACCACGAGGUGGUGGCCAUCUUGUUCGCAUGAACGCAGGCAUCAGUGUUUGGUCGUCGAGUUCAUGGAACUGAAAUCGAACACAGAAACUCCCGAACACCGCUUUAAUUCCAGCAUCGCCUGCGUUCGGUUCUACACUACUUAAAAUGGCACUGUUUUCGGUGGAAACAUAGGUUAAGACUAUUGACUAUGUUCGGUAGUUUGUUAGUUUUUAAACUACCGAACUAGACCGACCGCUAGCCAUGAUUUCAUGGAACUGUUUUGGGCAUAGGACCAUGUGCGCGGUAGGUCAAUAUUAUGACUUCCAGGGAAAUUCCAAACCCCUGAACCGAUCUGGGUGAUUUUUUUGGAUAUGUUGGUCACACAGAUCAGGGCUAUCAGUUUUUAUUUGUUUUAAAUGUAUUUUUGAGGUUUUGUAAUAUUGCAUGUUUUUCUGUGCCUGAGAGAUAACUCCAGGCACAGAGGAGUUUGUAACUUGUAACUAGUCCCCUCUCAGGUCCAGGAGAGGGAUUAUCCCGUUUGUGUGGGAGUGUCAGGGGCAUGCUUAACUGUGUCUGAAAUUGUAUAAAAGGAGGCCAUCUGUCCAGAUUAAAACAUUCUAGCUUUUCCUCCCAGAACUAAGCGUCCUCUGGCUAUUGGGAGGGGAAAGUGCUAAUCACUACUCCAGCUUGUUCCAGUGUGGAGGAUUCAACGGGGAAAGUCCUUGUAAGGAUUACAACUCCCAGGACUGAGUGUCGUCCAGUGCCUUGGAGUGGAAAUAGCGAGUUCCCCAUUCGACUCCAGGAGGGAGCGGUUACAGAGCCCCAGUCAAGCCACGGUGACUGUGGGCAGAGGUGCUGCGGUUUGUCCCCUCUUGUCCUUGGCGGAGUUACUCAGCCAGGGGUACAGGGAGCUCUGUUACCGAGACACUCUUUACAAUUCCAAACACCAUCAUUACAAAGACCAACAAGUUCAUAUAUGCCACAGCACAUGUCCUCCAACAUAUUUACUACAAGAUCAGUGCCCACCAGGUCAAGAAACAGUGCCCACUGUGGAGGCUAAGACUGGAAGCCAAGAUAAAGUCAAUGCUUAAGGAAGUUGGUAAGCUGGAUCAACAUGGUUGGAAAGAUCAAAAAUAGAUCCUGGCUGCUUGGGAAAUACAAGAGUGUAUACCUGUAUGAUUGUACUUGGAAAUGAUUUGCAGUACUGGCAGCCAGACUGAGCAGAUAACACCAGAAAAAACAGAUGCUAAUAAACACCUUGCUUAUCAAAUAACCAUCCAGGGUUUCCACACAGUUGCAAUAUAACACAUCAGUCCUUGACCUAUACAGAGCUUAGACUAAACUAUACUGGGAGAACAUCUUGGAGAAAGAUGCAUCGCCAGUGGCUACUAGACAUGAAAACAUAAUACUGCAUGCUUCCAGUACAAGAAAUAGUCACCAUCACAGUCAGUGAUAGCAAGUAGCUCACAUGAAGAGUUGGUAAGCACCUGGGCCUGACAUGAUGUACACCUACUGGAUGCAGUAACAAACAACGCUGCCUGGACGCCUGGCAGCACAUUUUAACCAGUGACUGGCAACAGGCUUCCACCCUAACUAACACAAGGUAGAACAAUACUGGUCAUGAAGGUGCUUCACAAAGGAACAAUGCUGUCUACUAGUUAACAAGACCCACGACAAAUACACCCUACAAGCCAUCAGGUACCCAGCUGGAAUAAUAAACUUGCCAAAAUCUGGCACCCAGUAUUUAACCCAAAAUCUGGCACCCAGAAACUGUAUACAAGCCAGAAGACAGGAGGUUGAGUCCUGAUUAGUGUCAAGGAAGCUCCUAGCGCUUCCUGAGGGCGCCAAGCACUCCAGCCGACACCAUAACCACCAUAGAUUCCUCCAGAAAGCAAGGCAGGAACAAGCUCUUACAAGAGCUUAGUAGUGAUUUAGCAAGGGAGUAUGACAAGCAUAGCAAUCCCUUGUAGCAGAUUCCCCCAAUAAGAGACAGGACUCAGAUUGAGGGUGAAGUAGAACUGAAGCUUUUAAUCCAACACUCUGCUUUUAUGCCCAUUUUACAAACAUAGUACUGCCCACAGGGUUUUGAAGAACAACCAAUCAAUACAUUACAACACAGCUAAACACUCGCAUUCAUACCUGCAGAAAUCCUCCCCUCUGCCUGUGAUACAAUUAUCUCAACACAAUAGACUAACUUAAUUAUCACAGGCAGAAAAUAUACAGUUUUUACACAAUAUUAAUAAUUUUCAAAAUAUACAUGCCAUUCACAUAAAAUAACAUUUUCAGAAUCAGCAUACUCCAUAUACAAACAUACUCAAAAAUCAUACAAUUCCCUCCAGUGGUUUAAAAGUUAGGUGUGGUAACUUACUUAUCUCCAGUACAGGGCAUAUCUCCAUUUACAACAACAGUAAAAUACCUAAAAAUACAUAAUUCCCAUUAUAUUGAACAGAACCCCCACAUUCAACCUAUCCCCAGAUAGCUUGGAUCUGAGCGCUCACUAUAUCCAAACAGCGUUCAGAUCCCACAAACACAGUCAAAUCGCCAUGGGGUUAAACCAUAGCAAGGGCUGAUGAGAGACAGAGGAGGGGCAAAACAGCAAGUUUCAACUGGUCUGGCAGUGUCCCUUGGACAACGCCCUGCUGGAGAACAAUAGACAGGAAACUGGGGAGGGGCACACCUUCCCAUGUAUUCAAAGGGGCAGAAAAAGUGUUUCAAAAUGCAAUAAGCCCAAAUAAGUUUCUUAAAGGGCAGUACAUCCUAGGGGCCAUAGUCCCAUGGCAGGAGACUGUUCCAUAACAUUUGCGGCUAAGUACCGCUGAGGUGACCGGGGACCCAUGAAGUUCUCAUGCCAAAAUUAGUUUCAUAGCUGUCGCGGCUAAGUACUGCUGAGGACCAUUCGUGGCUUUGGUUCAUGCGAACAGCUACCAGGGAGUUAGCGUUUGGUCCUAUUCGAAUGAAGGGAAAGUGCUGAACUAGGGGCACUCGGGGAAAGCUGCUAAUGGCGGCUGGGCAGGGUAACUCCCUAAUGGGGUCUGGACCAUAGUCAUUGGACAGGAGGCCAGCUUCCACACUCCUCCAGGAGUUUGUGGCAAAUGUCCAAGGAAAAGAGCAUUUGUCACAGACAGCAUUUUAGACUUCAAAAUAAAAUACAAAUGCUUGCACCCAACUGGCUAAUGAUGCUGGUAUUGCAGUAACCCACCAUAACAAUACCUCUAAAAUAAUUUAAACAAACAAUUAUACCGCACUCAAAACAUGUAAACAUACAGAAAUCAGAUAAACAGAGUAAUCACACUUAGAAGGGUACAGAAUAUUGGGAAAUACCACCAAAUGGUUAUACUUGGCUCCAAAAAACUUUAUUGUAACUUGAUUCAGUUUUUGCUUGACAUUCUGCAUAUUAAGUUGCAUGUAAUGUAAGUUACUUUAGGAGAUUAAAGAAAUUCUAGAUUGUGGUCCUAAUACAUAUGUGUAUAUAUAGCUUUUUAGCUUACAAUUUUUCACAUUGGUGGUAGUACACACAAAUAUUUGGAUUAAUAUUAUCACCCUAUGUUUAGGCAUAACAACACAAACUUUUAUAUAUAUAUAUAUAUAUAUAUAUAUAUAUAUAUAUAUAUAUAUAUAUAUAUAUAUAUAUAUAUAUAUAUAUAUAUAUAUAUAUAUAUAUAUAUAUAUAUAUUAGUUUCAGACUGUAUUUCUGCAGAUACUCUUAUCUAUAAUUGGUUAAUGUUGUUCAAGUCCACAUCCUUUACGUAUGGCAGUAUGUAAGUCUUGUUAUUCUCAUGAUUAUACUGCAAAUAACAGAGUCAUCUAUCUGAGAGAGAGACAGUAGCUAAAAAUCUUUUUCCCCAUUUUUGCUUUUAAAAUGAAAAAGAACAUUGUAACCAAAAGAUGACAAACACCCUUAAAUGUGAUUUAUUGCUUUAUUUUUUCAGAAAUUGUAACUGGAAUGAAAUUUACCAAUGACUGCAAGCACCUUAUUUCUGUAUCUGGAGACAGGUAGGAAAUCCCCCCCUAUCCCCAUACUCCCCCUUCAGCCCCCCCAUAUUUUCUCUAUGUUCUCCAUUGUGCAAGUAGACAAAUAACCGGAGUACGUAGGAGGUCUCACCACUAUGAGCCAACCAGAGUGUUUCAUAGUCCAUUAUCAGCUGUAGGUUGAGAUUGCCUGGAGAUGUUUUGAAAGUUUACUCUUUACUGUACUAAGGGAUUUGUUUGUAUCUGAACUGAGGGGUUUAAAAGUAUUGUUUCAGUUUGUAAUUAAAUUUACAGGUGAAAGGUUUCUUUUGGCCUUACUUCGGUGAGGUGGCUUUUUUAGUUUCAUAUUGGUGAAUUUCAACCCUUUCACCUGAUUAUAGAGACACUUUUAGGAGAUUAGACAUUCUAGAUUGCAAGGGAAUAAUGUCUAUGAUUAAGUCCAUUCUGUUGGGUGUAUGAGAAGUAAGUUCUAUGCAGCUUGUAUUUUGUUUACUUUUUAUUUAUUUUUUUGUGCAGUUGCAUGACAAAACAGUAUGCACAAAAGUGUGGCAUAUUAAAAUUGACAUAAUUUGUGACAUAAUAUAUUCAUUAAUCUGCACAAAAUUUUGUAAUAUGGGUAACAUGCUUAGUGUCAGCUGUCUAACAGAGUGUACUACCUCAACCGGCUCCACAGGUAAAAAGCGAUUGACCAGAACAAAAGAGUACAUAGGUUAUAGAUAAACACAGAAUGCUCACAAUUAAAGUGGAAAGAAGCAUGAAACAAUAAAAAAAACAAAAUAUGUAAUCAAACAAACCAGCGCUCCACCAGAAUUCAGCCAGGCUAGUUAUGAGGGAAGAUAAGCAAGACAUUCAGCACUCCAUUUAACCUAUGCCCGCCAAGAUUAGGACACAGUCCCUCAAAAUGGCACUGGUGUUGUUGGCAUGGCAAUCUGGCGACAGGACAUCUCCCUUGCCAUCUUCUGCUCUCCCCUCCCUGCCUUGUGUGUGCUUGGCUUUGAUGCAGGCUUACACUCUGCUCUUUACGAGGUUUGUCGGAUCGGUUCUCGUUGCCGUUGGCACGCUCUCUGAGAGCCUGAAACUACGGGCCAGUUCCGACGCUGUCAGGGCCUACUUUCAGGUGAGUAAGCUCGUGGUAUUUGUGGAGCAGGCAUGUACUGCCUAAGACUCUGCUUCCUCCAGAAAUCUUCAAAUAUUGCAUCCAGCUUGGACAGAGCUCUGGAUAACGCUCCCUGGUGACGAAGGAGGCAUGUGGCAACUGCCAUUUUGAGUGAACUGCUUGGAAUGGCGUUGCUGAUUGUGGCUGUACAGCCUGUCCCCAGUGGAUUUGAGGAGUCAUCGGGGCAUGAACCCGGGUCACCCUCGCUGGUCCAAGCUCAAUGUUGUCGAGAACCAGGUAGUGUGUGCCGGGAGAUGGGCCGCCUCUCCCUUACGCAGUGCCCGCGAAGCCUGACUCCUAGUGGCUGAGAAAUCCAUCUGGACAGCUUUAAAUGACUGCUGGAAGUACCCCAAGCUGAUCAGUUGAUUUCGAGUGUUAAGGUCUCUCAGCCAGCCCAAGAAAAAGAGCCAGGGGUAUAGGUAACUGGAUUAAAUCAUAAGAUUUAUGAAGAGCUCUCUGAAAACACUUCCAGUCACCAUUACAGUCAGGCCCCCAUCCUAUAGAGUAUACAUUAUAGAGUUAAAUUGCUUGGCAGGAUGAUCUAUAAUUCUGUCAGGGUUAUUCAGUAAUGUGAGAAUUCAAAGUAAAUGUCAAAUUUAAGAUGAUAAAUAGCCAAACGUGAAAAAUUCUGUAUGCUAUUUAAGCUUUCAGUUCAGCUACUCUAGCAUUAAAGCAACACUAUAGUCUCCAGAACAACUACAACUUGAUGAAGUGGUUCUGGUGUCUAUAGUCUGUCCCUCCAGGAAUUUUAAUCCCUUAAUGACAGAGUCAAUUGUACCAGUUCUGAUCAAAACAAACCUGGAAUUUGCGCUAUAUGUCACCUCUUUCAUAUUAAGUGCACCCACAUUUAUUAUAUAUCAUUUUGUUCCGGAGAAACAGGGCUUUUAUGUCAUCGAAUAUUUAUAUGUGAAACAUAAUUUAAUAUGAACAAAAUUUUAAAAAUUAAGACAUUUUAUUUUAAAGAUCUGCAUGGCAUUUUAACAGUUAAUGUCAUAAUACUGUUGGUUUUUACUGCAAUAAAUUACACAUAUUUGUAUUCAGUGAUGUCUCAAAAGUACCCAUCAUGUCCAGGUUUUAUGGAGUUUUGGCGAGUUACAGGGUCAAAUACAGUGGCGUACAUACCGGGGUCGCGGCUGCGACUAGGCCCGGCCCACCAGGGGGCCAGGCCGCCCUGCGACCCAGUAUGUACCCACUGUGACCAGCCUCUUCUCCUAGGUGGCCCAGGACCCGGCCACCUCAGGGUCCACCGAGGCUGGCCGUGGUAUCGGCGGGCGGGCUGUCUGGGUGGCCGGCGCGCGAGGGAGCACAACGUCAUCUUCUGGCUCCGGCAUCAGUACGCGGCGCUUGAGGGAGCUGCAAAGGAAGCACUCAGGGGAGAGUGUUCCCUCGCGCGCCGGCCACCCAGACAGCCCGCUCGCCCGGUGAUACCACUGGACCCCAGGGAAUCCCCACAGCACUCCCACAGGUAAGGAGGCUGGGGGGAUUAAAUUUAAAUUUAAAAAAAAAAAAUGUGUGUUAGUGUGUGUGUCUGCUAGUGAGUGUCAGAUAGUGUCUGUCAUUGAGUGUGUCUGCUAGUGAGUGUCAGUGAGUGUGUUUGUGUGUGUCUGUUUGAUGUCUGUUAGUGAGUGUGUGUUUGUCAGUGAGAGUGUAUGUUUUGUAAGUGAGUGUGUAUGUAUGUCUGUCGCUGAGUGUGCCUCUGUCAGUAAAUGUGUGUGUCUGCUAGCUAGUGUGUAUGCGUCUGUUCGUGAGAGUGUGUGUGUUGUCUUCAGCACUUACCUUUCUCCAUUUCACGACUCCCUUGGCGCUGGGGAUCCCUCCGCCUCUCAGCUCUGAAUGCGCUUGCGCGUCAAGAGCUGCGCGCGCAUUCAAACCGCCCAUAGGAAAGCAUUACUCAAUGCUUUCCUAUGGACGUUCAGUGUCUUAAAAUCGUGGAAGCUCCUCUAGCAGCUGUCAAUGAGACAGCCACUAGAGGCUGGAUUAACCCUCAGUGAAACAAAGUAGUUUCUCUGAAACUGCUAUGUUUUCAGCUGCAGGAUUAAAACUAGAGGGACCUGGCACAAAGACCACUUCAUUGAGCUGAUGUGAUCUGGGUGUCCUUUAAGUGUGUGUGCAUCUGCAUGCACUGGCGUACAUACCGCGGUCGCAGCUCUGCAACCCCUGCGACCAGGUGCCCGCCGCUAUUUGUUGCAGCCACGAUGCGCGGGGGGGGGGGCACGGAUCAAUUUUCGCACAAGGGCCCCAUGGGUCAUGUGUACGCCACUGGUCAAAUAUAGGGCUUUCCGCUUUUUCAUUUUUAGUCAUUGAAAUUUGCCAAAUUGGCUUGCUGGGCCAAUGCUGCCUUUGGGAACGUAUGGCAGUCGAGGAAUAAAAAUUAACCACAGCAUGGCAUACCAUUUGCAAAAGUAGACAACCCAGGGUAUUUAAAAUGGGGUAUGAUCAGUCUUUUGUAGUAGCCACAAACCCUGUCCAAAGUUAGUGUUCAUAUUAGUUUUUUGCAUUUUUCACACAAAGACUGCACUUAAAUUGAUGAUAUUAUAGUUAUUAAACAUGUUACUGUUGUAAAACACUUAUAUGUGUGUUCAGCAAUGUCUCAUGAGUAAAACAGUACCCUGCAUAUACAGGUUUUAUGGAGUUUUGGAAAGUUACUUGUUUUUUGUAUUUUUUUACAAAUAAAAUGCCCUUUCACUGAUGAUAUCAUUGUCAUUUUAAGUUUUACUGCUCUAAAACACUCAUAUUUGUGUUCAGCGAUGUCUCACGAGUAAAACCGUUACCCUACUGUAAAGGUUUAAUGGAGUUUUGGAAAGUUACAGUGUCAAAUAUAGGGCUUUCCCAUUUCAGUUUGCCAGAUUGGUUAGGUGGCCUAUGUUGCCUUUGAGACCAUAUGGCAGACCAGGAAUAAGAAUUACCCCCAUCAUAGCAUAUCAUUCACAAACGUAGACAACUAAGGGAAUUGCGAAUGGGGUAUGGCCAGUCUUUUUUAGUAGCCACUUAGUCAUAACCACUGGCCAAAGUUAGCAUUCAUAAUUAUUUUGUUUGCAUUUUCCCCUCCCAAAAAAGCUGCACUUUCACUGACUAUAUCAUUGUCAAUAUAGGUUUUACUGCUCUAACACUGAUAUUUGUGUUCAGGUAUUCCUCAUGGAUACAACAGUACCCCCCAUGUACAGAUUUUAUGGGGUUUUGGAAAGUUACAGGGACAAAUAUAGGGCUUUCCCAUUUCAGUUUGCCAGAUUUGUUUGCUGAGCCUAUGUUGCUUUUGAGACCAUAUGGCAGCCAAGGAAUGAGAAUCACCUCCAUCGUGGCAUACCAUUCACAAAAGUAGACAACCCAGGGUAUUCAGAAUUGGGUAAGAUACAGUCUUUUGUAGUAGCCACUUAGUCACAUAUAUAGUUUUAUUUAUAUAUAUAUAUAUAUAUAUAUAUAUAUAUUUAUUUUCUGGCCAUAUCCAUGGCAGCACAACAGUGGGCAGCUCCUCCCUAUCCCUAAUUAGACAGGAUGUAUAAGUAACCCUCCUACCCUUCCCACCCUCAGUAUUUUUUGUUCCUGUCCUAUCCCUAGGACAGACUUAGUCAUUUCAGGACUAAAAACAUUUUCUUUUAUGGCUUACCUGAGGAUUGUUGGUUCCUCUCGCCCCUUGGGAGUUCAGCCUCUCUCCCUUGGGAAGUCUUCAGGACCCGGUCUGGGCAAAGUUGAACCCCUGAACAAACCCCUUUAGUGACUGGGGGUUCUAACUUGCUAGAGGUAGCAGAAUCAUGCCAUCACCAUAAUUCCUGCAGUGACCCAAGGGAUAGUAGGCUGGGCAUGCACAUACAGAGCAUAUGGAUUUAUUUGCUGUGACCAUAGGGGUAGCAAGAUUAUGCCAUAAUCCUAUUUCCUGCAGUGACCCGAUGGGGUAGCAGGCUGGACACACACAUACAGAUCAUAUGGAUUGAAAGGAUUAAUAUGAAAGUGAGUAACAUUCCAUCGCCGAAAGAGUAAAUGUGAGACUGACUAGCAUUCCAUCACUGAAAUGGUUAAAGUACAAUCCUAUCUUGUACUUUACAUGCUGGGGUAUCAAGAUUAUACCAUAACCCCAUUUUCUGCAGUGACCAAGGGUCAUAUAUAUGCUCUGAAUGUGCAUGCACAUUCAGAGCAUAUAUAUGGAUAUAACUCCUUCACCAAUUUCAUCUGAAAGGUAAGAGAUUACUGCUAAUUUUAAUUUCAAUCAAACUUAUUCCUAGGCUUCUAUUCCUAGGCCUCUGUUAUGCCUUUUAAUAGAGCCGCUGGAUUUUCUUAUAACUAGGCUUCUGUGUCUUUUAAUUUAGUCGCUGGAUCCACUUAUUCCUAGGCCUCUGUUAUGCCUCCUAAUAUAGCAAUUUGUAUUUUUAUUGUGGCAUUUACGUAUGCAAACACAUAGGUAAAUAAACUUUAUUGGCCACAUUUUACGUGCACAUAGUGAAACAAAUAUACAGCUUAAAGACAAAGCUGCUAGUCUACCUAAAUUCUGGCUAGUCCUGUAUGCACUGUUAUCUAAUAUGCUAAUUAGACACUUUCAACAAAGACUGCUUCAUGAGGGGGUGUGGGAUCCCUAGAGAUUCUAACAGGUAACAUCUGCUAUCUGUCUGUAACCUGAGCUACUUCUGGCUAAAUAAUUAUCACUUUAAGAAUUUGAGCAGAAAGCAGGUAUGUAUCAUAAAUUAAUAACAGUUGAGAAAAGAGCAUUUUGCAAAGUUAAGACAUAAAUUAGGCAGGUGCACGCCACUACUUUCAGUGGGGUCUCAGGUGCCGGUCGGUAUCUGUGCCUCAGCUCCUUACUGUGAUUUGGGGCAGAGCGGUCGAACUGCGUUUACAUCCCAUGAAGUAGCAGUAUAUGCCCGUGAGGUGGUCGAUGUCGGCACCACGAUGUUGUUUGGGAUCAGUAAGUCCAGUUUCCUAAAGAGCCGCUCUGCCUCCGAGACCUUGCUGAGUUGCAUAGUUUUCUCUGCAUCGGUCACCGUUAACUUGCGGCCUGGUCCCCAGCGGUACUUAAUGUCAUUGUCCCUCAGCUGCUCGGUCACUGAUUGCAGGGAUUUUCUCCAGAGCCUCACAUAAUUACACUAUGAGUGGCAAUAAAAAAAUUGAAUUGCCGCCAUCGGUAGCCACAAUGUUCUGCGCUAUCUUCCUCCAAUCUUCCUCCUGAAUCUAGCUCUGACUCAGACGAUUGUGAUGUCCCAGGUGAUCCUGCAGCCCGCCUCACAAUGGAUGAUCUGCUUACAACUACAUGUUUGUUCGUCCACCCACUGUAAAGCGCUGCGGAAUUUGUUGGUGCUAUAGAAAUAAUAAUAAUAAUAUUCUGCAGAAUAAAUUGCAAGGUUAAAAUGACAGGACCACCGCACUCAGACUUUAUUGAGAUGAAGUGUUCGGGUGACUUUAGUGGUCCUACUUGAAACUUACACUGAUAUCAAAGCCUACACAGCAGCCGAACUGGAGAAACAUAUCUCAGGACUGAAAGGAGAAAUUUAAGCUCUCGACUCCUGCACCGGCCAAGCCAAGGCACACGUUACAGGCCUCACACACAAAUCAAAGGCCCAUGACCGCGACCUUGCAGCUAUGCAAGACAGAAUCUUACAACUUGAAGAUGGCCUAGAGGACCUGAACAAUAGAUCCGGCAAACAAAAUAUCGGGAUCAGGGGUUUGCCCAAAACGGUCACACAGGAUGCAGUCCUCUCAUGCCUAAGGGAUAUUGUUCUGUCUCUCCUACCAGAAGCCUCCGACCAGGAGCUUACUAUAGAACGAGCGAAUCGGGCAUUGCGCUCCCCUACUCCCAAACCCUGUAACCCCCAGGGACGUUAUAGUGAAACUCCUGCUAUUCCCAACUAAAGAGCGUCUAAUGAACACAACCAGUUAUCAACCUCCCUCCUUCCAGGGCCGACCACUACUUUUCUUUCAGGACUUGGCUCCAUCUACUUUGUGAAAAUGCAUUGAUCUCAAACUCCUCACUGCAGCCUUAGCCCAAAAAGGCUAGCGAUUCAUGCGGGGCCACCCUUUUAAGCUUAUUGUAAAGGACAUGCAGACCUACACACUUCACCAAACCACCGAUAUGUUGGACUUUGCGAACCAUCUGGCUAUAACAAUGAUCUACCUCCUCUACUCACCUCUGACGAACAUCAGGGAAACCUGGGGACCACAACCGAAGGAGAACCCCUUCCACCACGCCAAGCUCAAAGGAAAAGGCCCCCCUACCUAUUGAUAGUAAAGUUUAAAUGUUUACUGUAAAAAAGUCUAUGGGCCCUAGGACCUGUAUUUGACACGUCCUUUUUAAGGCCACCCCUGCCUAUUUUACUCUGAAUAACAGUCCAAAAUGGUCCUCAGGGGUACCAUGACAAGUCUUGCCUCCACCUAUAAGAAGCAACAACUAGCGAGCCUGGAGCAUACUUUAACAGAACUUUGCUCCCUCAAAAUCAAACUCAACCCCACACCCAAAUUGAACACACACAUUUCGAAAUGCCAAAAGUCCAUUAAGGAAUUUAUGGCUGCUGAUUCUGCCAAGGCCAUUCAAUGGACUCGUCAACUAUAUUCUAAAAAAAAUCUAAUAAAGUGGACACUAUACUGGCUCAUAAACUUAAGCACCAGGCUGCCCACAAAAAUAUAAAUAAGAUAAAUUCCCCUGGCGGUAACAGACUGAGGCGCGGGAACGAAUUUCUGAAAUCUUCCAGUUUGUGUCAGCAUGUGUGUAUAUGUCCACGUGUAUCUGAGUGUGUAUUUGUGUAAGUAUGUAUACAUGUAUGUGACAGUGAAUGUGUAUAUGUGCAUGCAAAUACAACAUUGCAAUCAAAAGCAAACAUUAAAUACAAACACACCGCUGCAGUGAAACAGAUUUAUAUACAAACACAUCCCUAAAAGCCUACAAAAACUGUUAAAUACCAUAAAUGGUAGAUUGACAGCUGGCACAGAAUCGUGGGAUUUGUACGACAGAUGGAAUCUAAAUUUUGGCCACAGUUGCACUAAAGUGGGCGCAAAAUAAUUCUUGCACCAGGUCUCUCUACACUCGUUUCACCACUGCUUUAGCUCAUUGCAGAGAGUUGCAGGAUAGAAACGGCCAUGUUACAAAUGCACAUGAAAGUUAUGCAAGAUGUUGUAAGCAAUUAAAUUAAAAGGAACUCCUCCCCAAGGUUAUACUAUCAAAAAUUAAAACUGCUCAGAGGUCUCUAGGCUAUUUUUACUUGGUGCAUUUUAUUAUCUUAAAGUUAAACUAAACAGCACUUUGUAAUUUCAGUUGCGUGUUCAUCUGGCGUCUUAGCUCAGAAAUGACAAUUCGCAUGCGUCAAAGACUGGCUGAAAUACGUCAGAGGGGAAAAGAGCCUGAAAACUCUGUCCCUCAAAAGACUACUAAUGCAAGGUAACAGAAAUGCUGAAUAAAUUGUUUGUCAAUGUGAACUCAUGUGUAGAUUUGCCUUUACACAGUAUUACAGACACAUGUAGGUUUAUAAAGAAAAAAAAAAAAAAAAAGCAGAUAACAUUUCUGGACUGAGUGCUGCUUUUAUGUGACAUAUCCAUAUAAGCUUGCAUAGCAACAUCCUUUAUUUGUGCAAUGACAGAAAUUGCAAUAUAUCUGCAAUAUAGAGGCUUGUGCAGAAGCCAUAACAUGUUUCAUACAUCAUUAUCUCAGUGAUACAGAAAGGAAAAGUUAUUUUGUUAAGACAUGUAUUGUGUUAUACAAUGGUAAUUGACUUGGUCGCAUUCCAUCAAGGUUUUUACAUUUUCAUAAAUAUAGCUUUUUAUUUUAGAUAUUUUAUUGUUCAUUCUCUUUUUCAUUCUAUUACUUUUGCUCUCUUGGUGUGUGAAAAUUAUCCUGUCCGUGUACUGGCGAAAGUAUACAUAUUUAUAUUUUGCAGUACACUGACUGGCCCCUUUCUGAGCCAUUCGGCUUUUUGCAAAUAGUUUUUUUGCAAAUAGUUUCAGGAUUAGCAAUAAAAGUUUUGUAAUUAUAAAAAAACAAAAAAAACAAAACAAAAAUUGAUGUUUGAAAAAGUUUCUUCCUAAAAGUGCAUUUCUUAUUGCUCUUGCCCCUCUGUAAUGUGAUUUGCCCUUCUUGGGGACACUUCUGCAAGCACGGCAGACCUCCUCCGUGAUGUUGACUUCAUGAUUUACUGCCAGUGCAUUAACCUCUGUACGAAGUGAUUCAUUCCUUUAUUCUCCCAAUAAGUGCAAGACAGACUUACUGGAGAACUAGCACUCUGGUAGAGAGAGAAGGAGAACCACCUGUAGGAAGGUGUUCCUUUUUUCAGUUUCUCAACCCUCAAUGCCAAGAUUUAAUUGACAGGUUGGGGAAGAACUAUAUUUUUUACUUGAAAUAUCAAAUAAAAUAGAUAUCCACUUGCUAGCACAAUGUAUAAAUGCUUUAUAUUCUUUCAAUAGUUAGCACAUCAUUGUGAAAGGUAUACACACUAUGACGGUCAUCAUUUGCAUGUUUAUCUGUUACAUACAGAUUGGGGAUUGGAGGGAACUCUCAGUGAUGCUUAAUAUGUUAGAACUCUAAAAGAAAUUGCAUUCUGAACAUUAUCACAUUCUCAGUAUGUAUUGUAUUAUUUACCGUAGGUUUUAUUUAAAAAAAAUAUUUAUUUUCACAAUUACAGAAGAGAGACAAUAGCUGUGAUGUCUACAGCCCCUGCACUUUCUUCUGACAGUGACAAAGAAGGCAUUGAUGACUUGAGUGAUGAAGAGAUGACAGGCAAGUAAUCUGAUUUAUAAAUCUAUAUGCCCCUUCUAAAAUUUCAAUCUGUUGCAAAUGGUUCUAGUCACAUAAGUUGAGCUCUUUCUUUGGUGAUCUUUACUUAUUCUGUUGUUAAAAGGUCCUGGCAAACCCACUGACAUUUCAGAUUCUUUUGUGAGAAGUGCAUCCUACUGGGAAAUGAAGAGGGUGAGUCCUUAUUUUGUUAUUAAACUGAAAAUUCCAAAUGUCCAAGCUGUAGUCUACAGAGAUGGGGUAGUUGUCUUUUCUCCUCACACUACAGGUAGCACUGAAAAACAAAACUUCUCCCUUCACAGCCUUUAUAAAGGGCAGCACUUUCCUGAGCGCCUAGUGUGUGUUGGUCUUCAGGACAGACUGCUCAGGUAGCAUUAUAUUCCAUGUAGUCGUGUAGUGGAAAAAAAACACAUUUCAGCAGUGAAAGACCACACAAUGUACAAAUCCAGUGAACCUUUGUUUAAGCACAUCUAGUGGAACAAUCUCACAGGUUUCUCUGUUUCAAGUAGGACCACUAAAGUCACCUGAACACUUCAUCUCAAUAAAGUCUGAGUGCGGUGGUCCUGUCAUUUUAACCCUGCAAUGUGAAACAUUGCAGUUUUGUAGAAACUCCUAUAGUUAUAUUGCAGGUUUAAAUAUACCUCUAGUGGCAAUCUUUCUGACAGCCACCAUUGGUGCUUUCUCCUGCAGAACAGAGUGAAACUCUGUCCUGGAAUUAAAUGCUGAUCUUAGCAGCAUUUGGUUGGAGGGGUGCAGCAAUUGGGCGCACAUGCGUAUCUCCAAUCCAGUGCUUCUGUAUGUGUAACCUUGGAUUGGUGGAAAUUACAGAAGAUGUCAAAAGGCAUACUGAUGUCUUUGAAGGUGGUGUGGGUGGCUGCAGUUGGAAAUUAGUUAUUGUUAGUUAAUAUGCAUUUUGCAGCGCAAAGGGGGAAUAACAAUAAUCACAUUGCUGGAAGGGAACCUAAAGUCCUGAAUAAAACAAUUGUUAUUUUUGGAACUACAGGUUCCCUUUAAGGGAAACACACACAUGUGCAAGCUUUAGUUAUAAAAGUAAUUGAAUGUGCAUGUAUUCUCUUUAAAAUUAAUGAAAACUGUUGGAAAGUGUUUUGCUUUUUUAAUACAAGACACCAGGAAAGUACAGCCAGACCAAAGGAAAAAUCAUGUUUCCAAUAAGUGGUAUACUCGACAAGAUAUGUUGUAUAAUUGAUAUUCUAUUAAAACAGAAAAACAUUCAGUUGGGGAUCACAAAAAUAUAAUGGGACGAUAAUAGAACAAUAAGAAAUCGGAAAUCUUUUGGUAGAAAUUCAAUAGCCUGAGUUUAGUUUGUGUUGUAAUUCAGUAUUUGAGUAUUCUUUGUUUUCUUUCUUUUGAAGGGGAGGGAAACAUCCAAUUCUCAACACUCUGACUCCCAAGGUCAGAUGCCCAGGCAACGAGUACGCUGGUCGCAGCCAGCUGGUAACAUGAUUGUUAAGUCUAUGCUUGAUUUGCGCCAACUAGAGUCCUUCUCUCAAUGUAAUGACCACAAUGAAUUCAAACCUGAUGAAGAACAAGAUGUAAUGCGUUUAGAUCCUAUCCUACAGAUUGGCAGGGUAAGAAAUAAUGCUUAGGAUUUUAAGUUUUGGCUGAAAAACAAUGUGCAUUAAUUGUCCUUGCAUAUAUAGACACAAUGAUUCCUUCAGCUGCUGGACAGGUGACCUCAAAAAACCCAAUAUAUAUAUAAAAACUUAACUUCUACACCUUCACAUAUUCUCACUAUAUAAUAGUAACUAGCCCCCAAUUCCUUGUGUACCUGUGGACAUUUCAAAAUGGAUCGUGACAAGACAUCAGGUUAUCCUAUUAUAUCAGAACUCAGGACAGGUACUUGACUUCCCCAUUAUGCUUGGACUUGGCUGGAAUUUUUGGAAAGAUUUAAAACUCUUUAGACUGUGAAGAGACAUUAACUUGAAACUAACAGAUCUGAAGUUUGUGACCAGCUUUGUACUACCGGGCACUUAGAGGACUGGUUGCUGUUAUAUAGUAGGAGUUGGAAGAGCUGGGGUUAAGUUUUUAUAAAGUUUUUGUCUUGCAUAUUACAUGUCCAGCCUUUGAAAGGUUUCUCUUUUUAAAUCAACAGUAUCUUGAGUCUUUUUUUCCCAGUGUAAAUUACGGUUUGUGUUUUGAGAAGAACAAAGCUAAAAAAAAUGUUACAUACAUUUGGAUCAACAUCAGUAACAUGUGUGAAAAGUUGAACACAUGUCACACAGUUUUUUUUUUUUUUACUAACCUCUUCAUGUUCUGUCACAGGACCCAUUUGUUCCUACAGCAAGUAUUUCCCGUCCUCGGGUUUUUCGGCUAAUGUCUUGUGAGGAUGGAGUUUUCAAGCAGGAAGUGGAGACCCCUGAAGGCAAGGAAUGCAUCAUAUACCCAGAGACAGAAGAUGAGGCUACAGACCCCUGCAGGUAACUCCUCAGUUAGUGCCUAUGAGAUAAUUUCAGUAAUUCAUAUGUCUGUGUAGGGUGCAUGGUUGUGAAUAUUUAUUUUAUAUAUAGUGACCUGGGACCAUAUAACCACACAUUUUUAAUGAUACAAUCACCACACAAAUUAGAUUUCUUUAGAAAAUGCAGUCUUUCCCUUUAUUAAGAGGUCUGGCAAUUAAAAAUAAAACAAACAAAACAAAAAGCGUUGCUCUUAUGAGCACUAACUGACCGUUUUUACUAACUGCUGUUGGGCGGCUAACCUGCUUUCAACAAUACAAAACACACAUUUCAGCACAGACCUUUUUCAAUAAAUGUUUCUGUUCUCAUUCAGAACAUGUAGUGAAAAAUGCAGACUCACACACUGCUUGUCCUUCUCUCUGUGAAUACCUGACAGUGAAGUUUUAUAACAGUCUUCGGCUGAUCAUUGCCAACAGGUGAGCAACUACAUGGGUGAUCCAGAACUCCUGGACUUGAUUGCUCCCCUGCUGUGCUGCAUAUAAACUGUGGAGUGGAGCACUUGCCCUCCUUUCACUCCAAAUGCUCCACCCAACCACAGGAACCCAUAUUAAAUUACAAAAUUGCUCUGACUAAAACACAGACCUUCCUUCACAUAUUCCAAUACUUUUAGAGAAAUAUAUACUUUAUCCAUAACAAUGCCUUGCACUCUGUCACUAUAUAUAUAUAUAUAUAUAUAUAUCACUAAAGCAAUUGCUUGUAGCAUUUACCACCUCUCACAGAAAUAUAGUCUAUUCCAAAGAAAAAUAAUGCGGCACAUGUGUGUCCUUUUUGUUAAAAGUGAAAAUUUGUAGCAAUUAUUUCCUCAUCAUCUCUACUGCCAAAGUGUUGUAAUGUCUUGUCCAGUUCUCACUUUUAAUUUGUUUUACCUCUAUAGAAUUCUGAAUAUCAACACAAAGUAUUAAUCUAGUUUAGCAAUAAAACCAAUAUUAUUUUUUGCUCUAAAAAUAUUUAGACAUCCCAAGUAUUUAUAUAGUGAAUGCACAUGCCAGCUUUAAUUUUUGUUUUAAUAAACAUGGCAGUAUAGUGUUAGAGGAAGAAAGUGUUCAGAAAAGUAAAGUAAUUCUUAUUCAGUACCUUCACUUAAGAGAGGUGCAUUACAUGGAACAUACAAUCGCAUAAAUGCCAUUAUUAUGUGAAUUUUUUUGAAUAAUGUCUCAGUAUAAAAAAAAAAAUUAAAAAUAUAAAAAGCCCUGUGUUAAGUUCAAACUUCAGCGGAGUAUCCUGGUUAACCAUCGGUAAGGUGGUAAUUUCACAAACAACGAUAACAUGAAUUCAUAUUGGGACAUGUAAAUAACCUCUGGAAUGGAGUCGAUACUGGUCACUGUGUGUGGAUUUGUGUUUAUUUGUGAGAGUAUAAUAGACAAUAAUCUUCAAGAACAAGAUGUUUAAAAAUAGAAAAUAUGAUCUAUAAUAAUCCUAUAGUGAUCACUAGGAAUUUCAUCUAAUGAACGGUGAUAUAUCCUGUUUAACUCUGUCACACUUCCCCAUUUUAUGUUGGCUUGAAUACGAAACCUUGAAAAUUGUUCUAAUCUAUAAAUUGUUUAAAUUACAUUAUCAAAGGCAUAUUUUGUAUGCAAUAUAAAAUGUCAUUUGAAUCUCUUUUAACACCACUUGCCUUUUAGUAGGCCACACAAUAAUUUUUGUGGACCUGCUCAUGCCCAUUGAUUGGAGCCACUUCAGAAUAUACCAUAGUAUGGGGCAACUAAUAACGGGAUUACGUAAAGAUAUGACCAUUCCUAGUUUAGCAUUUUUCAUUUAGUUUUAACUUUACAACUCAAAACUAACAAAUGUUUUAGACGGUACAAAAACACUACCUACUUCAUAGACUCUACCACAUUUUAAAAGUAUAAAAAGCAUUCUUGUCUAUAAAAGUGUAAGAAAUUACAGUUUACCCUUCCACACAGGGUCCCUGUAGUUUGAGGAAGGUGCAACAAAUAAAACACACAGACAAGUGUAAAAGAAAUGUAUUAGGUGUAAAGAUAAUAAAUUCACUGGUAAUACAUCUGGUUUAAUAAAAGGGUAUUAAACAUAGAAAAAACAACAAUUGAUAACAUACAAAUCACAGUGUAUCACAGAAGGAUGGAAUAAUCACAACACUUGCCACAAAUACAAUAUCUCAAAUAUUCUCAAUUAAACAAUUAAAGCAUCCAUAAUGUAUAUAUUGAUUAAUAAAAUGCAUCAGAAUAAUAAAUAGUUCAUAUACAAGCUACAAAACAAAGACCAGUUAUAGACAUAUAGCAGUAAAUGCAUUUACUAUGUGCUCUAUAGUAUAAUACACAGCACAUAUACAGUAUAUGCAAUAACUCAACCUGCUCUAUAAUCUAAUACACUGCAAAUAUAGUGAGGUUAAACCAAACAACACACAAUGAUAUAAAACAAUACAGCACCACAACUAUCACAGGAAUCGACCAAGUAUCACAGUCAAAUAUAAUUACCAGCAGAGUGUAGAUCUGUAUAUUGAAGUCUCCCCGGGAGCUCUGCUUGGUAGUCACUCGUUGAAGUUCCUACCAGAACUGUUCUGUCUCUAGCCAUUUUGGGCCUACAUUUAUACAGCUUUUUCUCUUUGAAGUUGUUCCCUCCAUUUACCCAUAUCUUCCCUCCAUCUACCUAAAUUAUCUUAGGGUCAUGUGAUGGGUUUGGGAGGAUCAAAAGCUCAACAAUAAAUUCCUUAUUUCUUGUUUGAUGUAAGUGGUUCACAAUAGAAGUAAACAGCUAUUUGAUAUUUAAAUAUAAGUUGGGAAAACUCAUUAACACCCUAUUGAUAACACGAAACUCAGGAUGAACAAACUGGUCCAAUAUCCUGUUCUAAGGUAUGCUUUGUUAACAGUAAGACAAAAGGCCUUUGAUUUUGGAAUUGAUAACCCCAACUGUCCCAUCUACAUUAACAGUUAGACCAAAGACUGUCCUGGAAAUUACACCACAUUGUUUUUCCUGAUUUACAUGGCACUUGUAACAUCUCCUUUUGCUAUUAAAGGUCAAUCAUACAGAUCUACAUUCUAUUUCUUACAUUUGAUUUACCUUCUAAUUUGAUUUAUAUUCUACUAUUUCUUACAUUUAAUUAAUCAUUUCUUACAAAAGUAUCCUUUUAAAUAUCCUCUAAAUCUGAUAUUCCCAAGAUAGUUUGAUGUUGAUUAUUUCUCAGUGGGCAAAUAAUUGUCGAUAACAAUGGCCUACCACAGAGUGGUUCUGUUAAGUCUGUCAGCACAGUUCAAGUUAUCAAUGUUAUCCAGUGUUAUAUGCAGUAGACCGUUAUCUAGGUAUCUUAAUAAACUGUAAUCAAUGCAAAGCUUAGAUCGCAAGCUUGUUUGAGCAGAACCUUCUUUAUCUCUUGUAUUUGUUAAUAUUUUGUAUGUCCGUUAUCCUUAUUAUAUUCUUGUAAAAUGCUGCAGAAUUUGUUUAAAGAAAAAAAGCUGUAAGCACAGAGGAUAUAUGUUGUGGUGUAUCUAGUCAUUGUUUUUUGUUGUUGUUUUUGUUUCUAGUGUGUUUGAGGUGAAAGGCAUUCCCUAUGGAAACUACAGCCAGCAUGUAUGCCAAGAGAAGCAUAGCCCUGACAGCGCAUGCUCUGUGGAUUACAGUUGCAGCCAGCUUUCUAGCCCCGAGCACCCUAAUGAAGGUCAGACUAUGCCAAGUUAUUCCUUUGGUUGAACACUGUCAAGAAAAAAAGAUUUUCUUUUUCUGAAAAUUAAUGUUUUAUAUUUUCCAUAUUAUCCAUUACUAGUAAGUUUUUGGACUCAUUAUAGUUAAAGGGACACUCCAAAUCCCUGGGCAUCUUCUUUGCAUAUCAAAGCGACACUCCAGGCACCCAGACCACUUCUGCCCAUUGGAGUGGUCUGGGUGCCAACUCCCACUACCCUUAACCCUGCAACUGUAAAUAUUGCAGUUUUCAUUAACUGCAAUAUUUACAUUGCAGGGUUAACUCCUCCUCUAGUGGCUGUCUACUAUACAGCCACUAGAGGGCACUUCCUGGUCUAUAGCACAGGACGUGAGGGCCUCCAGUGUCGCUAAAAUUCCCAUAGGAAAGCAUUGAAGACAUUUUCAAUGCUUUCCUAUGGGGAGGUCUAAUGCGCGUGCGUGGCAUUGCCGCACAUGCGCAUUAGGUCUCAUCCCGCCGGCAGCCGCGCAUGCGCAAUGGGUCUCCCCCAACGGCUGACGUCGGCGGGGAAGGAGCGUGGGCGGACCCUAAACCACCGCUGAGGGACAUUGGCGGUGGUCUCAGGUAAGACACUGAAGGGGUUUUCACCCCUUCAGCAAUAUGGGAUGGGGGGUGGGAGGGAGAAGGUACCUGCAGUGCCAGGAACGAUUUGUUUUUCUGGCACUGGAGUGUCCCUUUAAAGCAACACUCUCAAGCACCAUAACUACUACACCUCACUGUUGUGGUUAAUGUGGCAGGAGAUCCCUGGUGCGCCCUCAUUGUUAAUAGUCAACUAAUUGACUUUUUACAUGGGUUCUGCCGGCUGCUGCCACCCCACUUCCAGUACUAGAACCAGAAGUUCCUUAGGAGGUGCUUUUGUUUGUUCUCCUGAUCUAAGCCCUGCAUGUGUAGCUCAUUGGUUCAAAGUGAUCAGCUGUUAAACUAAGCCAGCAAGCUGCCUCAUGAAAGCAAUUGAAAGUUCUGGUUAUCCCAGGUAAGCAGUCAGUUUGUUAAAAAAAACUGUUUAAUACUUACAAUGGUGGGGGGGGAACACUUCGGCACCAUAACCACUACAGAGAACAUUUCAUUUCUGGACUUCCCUUUUAGGUGGGGUUAGUCUGUUAAACUUGCAAUUUGGCAGAUUGAUUUACUGGGCAAGUGUCGCUUUGGAGAAGAUGAGCAGCCCUUUACUGUAGAAUACCCCAAUUAUAGCAUUCCAUGUACAAAAAAAACCAAACCUAUGUUAUUUAAUAGAGGGCUUAUUUGAGAUUUUCCUAUUUUUUUCAUCAUUUCUUUCUGCCAAAUGUAUUUGCAAUAUUUUUCUGAAAUUACGAUGGGUCUUUCUAAUGUAAAAACACAGAUUUUGUAUUCUGUUACAUCUAUUCACAAAUGUUUUGAAUGAUACCUCAUUUGCACAAGUAAACCCCGGGCUUUCUGGUAGUUUGUCUUUUUGCCAAAAAGUUAAUUUUUUAUUGCUCAAUUUCCGCACACACACCUAACCUGGAGUUCACUUCUAUUUUUUUUGAGAUUUGAUCUAAUUUUCAUUUGCUUCUAACUUGCAUUCCACUAUAUACUAACACUUCACUGACGUUUGUCAAAUGUCAAUUAAUUAAUCUCCAUCAUUUGACAAGUGUAUGAUAUAUGUGUGAAACCCUUGUGACAACCCCAUGCUGAAAACACUGGGAAAAAGAUCUUUGUUGAACAUGUGAGCAUUUAUCUUCUAAAAGUAUUUUACACUUCUCUAUUCCUCUCUGUAUAUGGAUAUUCUUUUGAUUAGAUUCAGAAAUCACAGAGCCACUGAGUGUAGAUGGAAACUCCUCAGAUAUGGAAGAGCAGGUGGAGGCUGAGGAGCUGGAAACAAACAGUCUUGUGUCAGAGGGGGAUGUUCUACUUAAUCCAGAGCAAGAGACCUUCCUUGACCAGCAUUUUGGGACUUUGUCUGCCCGCAAUGUUUCAGGUUUGUACCUUGUACUUUUCUACUGGUUUGUGUUGUUUAGCUUGAAACUUUUUCAUGAUUUAGGCAUCAGCACUAAAGGAUAA